UGACGUCAAUAGCACCGGUAAACAUCGAUUUACAGCUUUUUUCUGGUAUGUGACGCUUCUCUUGGCUUGAUCAAGAUUUGCUCGCUAAAAACGCUCGAUAACGCGGGUUUUAACUCAAAUUAUUUCCAUCAAAGUAUCGAUAUGAAUGCCACGGCACUUUAUGUGUCUACAUGCAGGUAUAUAUUGCAAGCGGAUUUCGAAAAUGGCGAAUCUUGGGGCGAUCUUUACCGCUUAUUGCCCUAUCUAAGACAGUCUUUGUCAUGUUGCGUUUGUGGGUCGCUCUUGAACGAUCCUAGGGGACCAACGGAUUCGAAUUGUCAACAUUUUGUUUGCCGGACUUGUGUUGGUGGGAAAAUGCUGCUAAAGCCAUCUUGCAGCUGGUGCAAAAAUUAUGACAAAUUUGCCGAGGUGCGACAACUCAGAAUACUAUUAUCUUGCUACAAAAAACUAUGCGAAUACAUAGCUGCCACACCCAUCGCGCGAAGUUUUAUUGGAACGAACGGCGAAUCGAACAGCACUUUGACUAUUUUACAAGAGGGAAUGGCGAUCAACACGACCCACGGAAACAACAGCGCCGGUCCGGAUAAGAAUCCUCAUAUUCUGGAUAUCUUGGCGAGGGUUAAUCGCGAGAAAACUGAGAACGCUGACACCAAAUCACCAGGGAGACGCCGUGGGCGUCCCCGACGGGACAGAGAAGGCUCGGGGGCUUCCCCAAACCCGCAUCUCUUUGAGAACCCGGAAGUUCUAUCCCAUACGCUGGAUUCGCCAUUAGAUGGACUUUGCAAUGGCCUUGAUAGUUCAGAUCAGUUUGAUAUGAGUAGUGACCACUCUAUUUACAGUGCAUCAUUUUCUUCUUGUGGUUCACCUCGGAUCAAAAUCAAACGCAAGCGACUAAGUAAUGACCUGAAAUUGAAGAUCAAAAAGAAGAAAAAGAAGCAUGACAAAAUUAAAGAGCGAACAUCGGAUCGGGAAGCAAGGAAUGAAAGGAAAAGGAGGAGGCAUCGAUAUCGAAAAGCAAGCGAUGAAUCAGAAAGUCCAGUUGACUCUGAAAAGGAGAAGCUUGUGAACGGGGACUGGACAACUAGCUCGCCUGAAGAGGACACACCAAGGAAGCAAUCCGUCGUGAUCUCUGGACACAGAGCGAAGUUGCUGAAAAUGGGACGAAUUCUACCGACGGUCGUGGGAUGCCGCUGCGGAACCUGGGGAAAAACUCCCGGAGCCAACACCUGCAGAGGAAAUAGAUGCCCUUGCUUUAUGUCUGAGAAAGGCUGUUAUAAGUGCAAAUGUAAAGGGUGUCGGAAUCCUAUCCCUCCCCCUGAGAGCCCUGCCCCAAAGAAGAGACAGCGCCAUUCUUUCAGGACUGACAUUCACGGUGAAAAUGAACUGGACACUGAUGCUAAUGAUAUGUAGUUGUCAAGAAUUUGGUUUAAUCAUUGAUUUUAAAUCUAGAAUUUUCUGUUCUGUAGGGUCUCUCUCUUGUGCAUCCUAAAAAAAUUAUGUUCUGAUUCUUGUAAUUUUUUUUAAAAUUCUCACUGCUCUAUGUUGUCUGUUGACUUAAUUGUUAAGUACUUAAUAAUGUGGUAUUUAGGAUUAGAAUUUGAGUACAUGUGCUGGAUUUGUUUAUCAAAUUCUACUCUUUCUAUGUAUAUAAAAAAAGAAUAUGCAGUUUAUUGGUAUUCAUUGAAUUUUCACGGCUAUAAGAAUUUAUUCAUGUCUCAUUUUCUUUAAGAUUAGGAUGAUGAAGGUCUUGAAGGAAUUAUUUGUAAUAAAUUAUUUAAAAAAAUAGGUUUGAAGUAGAAUGGUUUGAAAAUCUUUCAUAAGACUCAUCACUCCUGGGGGGUGUUUCACAAAGAUUUAAGUAUGACUAAGAGUCGCACUUAAAUACCGAGUUGCGUACGGUAUGAAAGCCCUGAUCGCAUUGGUCAGAUCGUGUCAUGAGGAUGCGCACUACUGCGUAUCUAUCAAUACGAUCGCGCGUUGCAUAUCAUGUAUGCGUCGGCAUUUAAGUGUGACUUAAGUCAUACUUAAAUCUUUGUGAAACACCCCCCUGUUUUUUCAAUUGAAUUUUAUAAUCAAUCAGGUUCCCCAAAACAUUUGCACCAAAGACUUUGUUUCCAGUUGAGAACCAUGUUUAAGUGCAGAGAAAACUUAGAUUGGAAUUAACAGAGUUGCUUGUAUAAUUGAUAAGAAGUGAUAAUAAUUGAUAAUGAUAAUAAUAAUGAUAGAACUUUCUGUAGUCAUGUUAUGAGAGUAAAAUAAUGAAAAUUAUAAUAUUAGAUAAUAAUAAACAAAGUGAUCAUGAUGAACAUUUUAGUAACCUUGUAGAGUAACUGAUCAUGGAUCUGUAUGAGAAAAGUAUUUAUAAAGAAUUGUUCUUUUUAUUUCAGAGAACACCUUCGUACUUUUUGAUAGGAUCCAGCUGCCAUAUAUACAUUGUGAUCACUAACAUGCGAUUGGUUUGUUUCAUACACUUUUUGUAAAAACUAUUGUGUUUACAAUGACACCAAUCAGUGUUGGACCACUCUUUCAAGUAAUAAAAAUACACAAUGGAGUUUGGACAUAUAACACCUAACACUAUUGAAAUACCAGAAUAUGUGGUAAUUGCUAAGUAACACUAAUGUGAUCUAACACCAAGCUUUACAAAUUGGUGUAAAAUGCAUGUUGUGGUUCUCUGUAUACACUAACUGGUGAUGCACAUGAUUUUAAUACCACUUUUUGCUAGUCUGCAAGCACAGACUUAAAAUGACACUUUAACCAAUUUUAUAGUGUGUAGAGUUUAGAGACUAGACUCCAAACUCCUGAUUUCUGCAUAUAAGGAGAAGCAGCCAGAGUGCAUGAGUGAAUCUAGUCUUACAACUUCAGACUCUGCAUUGCACUAUGGCAUGCAAAUUGGGAAAAACUAAAGGUCUUGCUUGCAGACUAAUUACUUUGCAGUGUAGGCACAGUGUAGGCGAUUUUGAAGACUCGUAUGACUGAUUGCCCCCCCCCCCCUAUUCACUCAUUCAAAAUGUACCCUCUCCCCCAUAUUAAGUAAUUAUCCUCAUUUGAAAUUUUUAAUUCUCUGAAAGUAUUGUACUCUUUGUAAGAUAUUGUAAAUAUUAAGUGUACUUCACUAAGUCAUCUUAAUGCGGGUAAUGUACAUUCUAACUUAUUUUUAUAACAUGUAUAUAGUCGAAACUCAUUGGUUGAAAUUGUACUGAUUUUUGUAAAUACCAAUCCUUCGGAAUGUGAAAUUUGUAAAUAUUGUACAUAGGAUACAUUUUGAUGACUGUAUAGUAUGCCAUGUCCACAAGCAAGAAUUACAAUUGAAUUGAUAACAGACCGUUACAAUUUUUUUCCUUCAUAAUGGUUGUUACUCUUUAUUUUCU